ACAAGCCGGAGAAGCCGACAACCACAACCUCGCAUCAAAAACAGGCAGCUAAGUUACGUUAGCUAGCCCCCCUGUCUAAUAGCAGACAGUUGGCCCGCUGCUGGCUGAUCGGCACUUCAACUUUUGGGAUACAACUUUAACAACAAGACGAGCUGGUGAGCGCGGUGCAACGGGCCAGCUUCCCCCUCCAGAAGUCAUGGCGUGUGGAGCCACUUUAAAGAGGACCAUGGAUUUCGAUCCGCUCAUGAGUCCUACAUCCCCCAAAAGACGAAGAUGCGUCCCCGUGUCCCCGUCGUCCUCAUCCCCUAGGAAGUAUCUCAGCAUGGAGCCUUCGCCGUUUGGGGAGUCUUCAUCAAGACUUAGUGCAGAACAAAUACUCAACAGCAUCAAACAGGAGUACAAACGCAUUCAAAAGAGAAAGCAUCUAGAUGGAGGCCAACAGUCAGAGUGCUGCUAUUCUCCAGAAUCCCCAUCCCAGUCGUCCACUAUGAAUGCGUCCAGCAUGCCAGGAACAUCCUCUGGAGGUGUCUCUCCAUCUAGAAAAGAGCAACCAUUAUUCACCCUCAGACAAGUUGGAAUGAUCUGCGAACGCCUGCUGAAAGAAAGGGAAGAGAAGGUGCGGGAGGAAUACGAGGAGACCAUGACUUCAAAAUUGGCCGAACAGUACGACACCUUUGUGAAGUUCACACAUGAUCAGUUAAUGCGGCGAUUCGGGGAGCAACCUGCAAGUUAUGUUUCCUGAGUGUGGCACAGAAACUUUGCAAGACAACCUUCCCUCGCUGCAAGCUAUCACGAGAUCUUGAGGAAGGGGGAGGGGGGGGGGAAACAUCAUUGUAAGAGAUUAAGUUUAGCUAGUUUAAAGGAAACUUUUCUUACUGUGCCAUAUAUGUCUUUGGGCAAAGGUUUAUAUGAAGCUGUUGUCAGUUGUUACCACUCUGUUGUAAGCAACUAGGUGCUUCCUCAUGUAAAUGGACCCUAUUUCUACCAGUGGCCUACGUUCCUCCAGCUGUAUGUGUAUCUACAGUUAUCUCACUUUUGUAAUGAUUCCCAGCAUUCCAGGCUUUGGCACUUGUUUCUGUUUGUUACAUGUAAAUACAAUAAAGCGACGUAGAGUUUUAAACAAGGUUUGCAGGUCAAUCUCAAAGGAUGUGGAAGAAACGCAAGUUUGAGCAGAAAGUGUGUUUGCCGUUUGUCCUCUGUUCACUGCUUUUUAAAUUGAGCAUAAAGUGGGCUAAUUUGCUCCCCCACCCGUGUUUUAUUUAUUGAGUUUUGUUCUGCUGGUAUCACUUUGAAACCAAUGUACUUAUUACUUAAAACAAUAAACAUCUUUUAAGAGUUGAAAA